GUAAAUAUACUGUUGUUUAUUACUUCUUUAGUCAAUCCUUAAAGUCAUAUGAAACUGACUUUACAAAACACGUGACAUACAACUAUUCUAUUGUUGACACAAUGAUAAUAUUAAAAGAUUUAAAAUAGAAGUUACAACGAUACUAAGUGGAUUUACAAAAUAAAACGUCAAAAAGUGCGUCUAUCGAAUCUAAUAAGUCGAACUUUCGUUGUUUGCAAAAGUCUAAGUGCACAACUUACCAAAAAUGAAUGUCGUUGAAGUACAACUUACAGAAAGCUACAUAAAGACGGAGAGAAACCUGACAGCGAAAGAGCUGAAGACAAUACUGGACUGUUUGAAAUGCUAUGCAUCUAACAUACCGGAUAGAGAAGCUAUUGUUUUUGUAUCUUCCGACUUUUCUCGUGAAUCAGUCACGUGGACAAGACUAUACAAAAAAGCGCGAGAAACAGCCACAGCCUUGAUCACUCUUGGAGUAAAGAAAGAUGAAGUUAUAGCAAUAAAUGUAAGAAACUGUGUUGAAUGGCUCUAUAUGGUUAUUGGUGCUAUGAUGGCCGGGGCUAUACCUGUAAGUAUCUCAUUCACUUAUACAGAUGGAAGCGAUCUGGUUGCAAUGAUGGAAAAACUUCAGACGUGCAGUCUUUUGGUAAUGGACCCUGGUGAAGAUGGCGCUAAUUGGAAUAUAGUUAAGAAAUUAGUAAAUCUGCAAACGGAGAAGGGGCAUGUUACAAGUGAACAAAUGCCAUAUUUACGAUAUUUAAUAACACAUAAGGAUGAGGAUUUCACUGACAUGAAAGAUAAUUUACAUCUAAAUGACUUUAUUGAAAAUGUCCAGGAAGUUAUAGAGCUUCCUACAAUCAUGGAGGACAAUAUAGCGUUUUUGUUUCAAACUUCCGGCAGCACAGGUGUGCCGAAACUAGUUGCGCAUACCCAUAAAGCAAUUCGUAUCUGUCAACAAGUGGCAAUGGAAACGUUGGUUGCUGGUGAAUCAGCUACCUUUAACGACAGACCAUUUGCAUGGAUUGGUGGCUUUCCAUUGACGCUGAUUUCCGGAACAAAGCGCGUCACCAUGUCAGGAUUUAGUCCCCCACCAACUGACCGAGCAGCUUUUGUUAUUGAAAUAGCAAAAAGGGAGAAUUGCAGUUCAGUCUCUGUUCUUCCCCAAAUGAUACAUGAAUUCAUACGACGCCAAGACGAGCUUGUUUUUGAUUGGCCAAUCUAUGCUGUUGCUUCUGGUGGACAGCCACUCAGCAAAAGUGUUGCAAAAUGCAUCGGCAAAAUAAGUCCAAUGUUUGUCGUUGCUUAUGGUUCAACUGAAACUCAAAUUACUUCAGUAGGCGUGUUUAUGACAGAUGAACAAUUCGAAGAGAACUGUUGUGGGAAAAUAUUUCAAGGUCCCGAAAUCGAACUCAAAGUGGUAGAUGACGAUGGUAAAAUUCUUCCGACCAAUACCUAUGGAGAAGUUUAUAUACGCGGAGAUCCCGUAUUUAAAGAAUACUUCCACGAUGAAGAAAAAACUGCAGAAGUUAAAACAGCAGACGGAUGGUACAUUACAAAUGACCUUGGCAAGCUCACCGAGAAAGGGGUCCUCUAUAUACAAGGUAGAAAGUCUAGUACAAUCAUAUCAGGCGGGAUGAAUGUUAUUCCGGACAUUCUAGAAAGAGUUAUCGAAUUGCACGCUGAUGUAGAAGCAGCAGUUGUUGUUCCGGUUCCCGAUGACGUAUAUCAUCAAGUGCUCUGCGCAUGCGUACGUUUGAAACCCGGAAGUGAUGUCACUGAGCAGCAACUACGCGCUUUCCUUGAGGCUUAUCAUAAUGAUAAGUCAGGCGUUUUUACCGUUUUGCCAACAUAUUAUUUGUUUCUUGAUGAGCUUCCGGGUGUUUUUACUGGCAAGAUUUGUAGGGCAAAGUUAAGAGACUAGUUUGUUAAGCCCUUUG